GGCAACUUGUAACUGCAUUAGCAUUGUCCUGAGGCAGUGUACAGUUUGGUUCCUGCGUAAGCCCGAGACUAAAUAUUAAUCCACUUAAGCAGAAGGGACUCGCCUAUCGAGACGACAAGAAGUCCUUGGCAGCCGCGCUAUUUACAUUUAGAUCACUAACUGAGAUGGGCUUAUCCGAAGCCAUUACCGCGGCUGCGGAGGCCCUUUCGCGGCAACCUCUGAGCUCUAUCAUACCGAAACAGCAGAAUAUAGUGUGCUUGGAGCAUAACAGCAGCGUCAGUCAGGCGCUGCAGUUGCUGGCCCGGCGUCACAUCCUGUCGGCUCCAUUGGUCGUCAUGCCUGGCCUAGAGGACAUGGAGAGCGGGAGCGGGGAGCCGCCCAACUCCGCUCCGCAGCUCAUCGGUUGGGUGACAGUGGAGUCACUUCUCCGCGCUUUCCUUGCACACAUGGGGGAGAAGUACGGCAAGCCGCUGCCCCGCAAGCUGCUGCUGCUGAUGACAAUGCUGGAGAAGGAGGGGCCGGCGUUCGCGGAGAAACUGCUCAUCACCCUGACAGGCAGUGAGGACCGCGGCCUGCUGUUCCAGGUGCAUGCUGACGUGUCGCUCAUGACCGCCCUCAGGGAGUCGUUCGUGCCCCCCGGCAAGCCCGCCGCGCACCGGCUGGCCGUGUUCGACGCGAGCGGCGCCAUCACGUCCGUGGUGUCGCAGCUGGACGUGAUAAGGUUCCUCCGCGACCACCCCCAGCUGCUUGGAGAGCUGGGAUCUGCAACCGUGGGGCAGCUCGGCUGGGCACACCCCCCUGCUGCCACCACCGCCUCCGCCGCGUCCCCUGGCGCCUCCGCCGCACCCAGCACACCAGCGACGGCUGCAGGCGCGGCAAGUUCCCCCGCCGCCAAACCUGACACGGCGGCAGCAAGCGCGCCCAGUCCGACCCAUGGGUCAUCAGCAACCCGUGGGUCACUGGUGACGGUUGAGGCGAGCCUACCGGUGCUGCUAGCGUACGAGCGGAUGGUGCGGGCGGGGGUGAGUGGGGCGCCGGUGGUUGCGGAUUCGGAGGCGGCGAUUGUGGGAAGCGGCGGCGGUGCGGCUGCGAUGACGUCGUCACCCUCAUCGGGAGCGGCAGGAGGCGGCGGCGGAGGAAGUGUGGGCGGCAUGAUAGCCAACCUGUCAAUGAGUGACCUACGCAACAUCCAGUCUCAGCACUUUGGCAUUCUGGCGCUUCCCGUGGGGGAGUUCCUAGCCCUGCUGCACAACACCUCCUAUCUGGGCUACUCGCAGCGCACCUCCACUCAGGCCACGCAUCCCUUCUUCGCCUCCGGGCCGCCGUCCGUCAUGCCGCCGCCGCAUUCGCCGCGGCUCGGUCGUCGGCACGGCGGGCUACACUCGCAUUCGCUGUCGCCGCAUCGCGCGCCUUCCGCGUCGUCGGCGUCAGUGUCGUCACUGGGAGGCGCAAUGGAGACGGGCGAGGCGACGGCGAGUGAGAGCGAGGGACGAGGUGGUGCGUCGGCUUCGGGGAUGGACCUGGAGCGGGAUGAUGACGUGGAGUUGGAGAUCCGAAUGAUCACAUGCACCGCGAAUACGACCUUCCUGCAGCUCCUGUCGCUGCUGUCCGACAACAAGGUACACCGAGUGUACGUCGUGGAGGCGGCGGGGCGGGCGGGCGGCGGACAGCACGGGGUGGCUCGCCCCAUCGGUGUCAUCACGCCCACGGACAUCCUCCGACUGCUGGCGGCGCCCGCCACCGCAGACAAGGAGUAGACAAGGACCCGGAGACGCCCUGGAUGGGCAGGCGGAUUUGUGGGACGGCAGGGCGUAGAGGGUGAAAUGUGUUCGUUUGUUUGCUGCGUGUUGGAUUUGAGGUGCAGGUUGGGAUGCCGUCGCUGCUCUGAGAGGGGAGGCUGGAGGCACGCAUGAACGAAUGCGGUACCGCUAGUUGCAUUGCAGGGGUUGAGAUGGGGGUUAUGCCACGGGAUGAGGCGAGGCGGCAGGGGUUGAACCUGUGUGGCAUGGUUGUAGCUGCCGCGUCUAUUCCCAAACGGCAGUUGCUGUAACUGACGCAUAAGACAUGCAGUGUAUCCUGCGCUUUGUAGCAAACGCACGAUGUCGUCUUUUGUAGAUAGGCUGCUUGUCUUUGCGGGUGCACAUUUGUUUGGAAGACAGCGGCUACAGGCGCAUUUCACGAGCUGCAAAAGCUGUUGUUGUUGCCCCUCAAAAACCCAAGGCCAAAGCACCAGUACGCUGCCAGUUAGAAUCCCGGCUUGCGUACGGCUGUUUCCAGCCUGUUCCGACCAAAUACCGGUACAAGUUGCUAGCGAC